AGGAGCCGGACGGGAAGUCUCAGUUUGCUCGCUCGCCCGUCCGCAAGACGCUGGAGACGCGGUCGGGAGGGACCCGGGACAGAACCUCCACCGGCCCGGCCUCCGUCUGCCCGCUGCCCCGUUUCCCGGCCGGAGCGCGGGCGCGGCGCGAUGGCUUCGCGGACGAGCCGAGGGGCCGCGGAAUGAGCGGCGAAGGAGACGCGGUAAGGACGGGACGCUCUUUCGGGGUUCUCUUCGGCUACCCCUGCCACACCGGCGACCGGGCGCCUGCGUCAGAAAGGACGUGAAUCUCGGACCCUCUGUAAAGCCAUUUUUAAUAUCAGACGCGUGGGUGGGAUUCUACCAGCUGGAAUCUGCCUGGCAUCCGCGCCAGAGAAGGAGUCACUGAGGAGACACGGCCACAUUAAACAAGAAACUGUGUGACCGCUUCGCCAGGCAGCCUGGCGCUAACUGACUCCCACAUUCGCAUUCUCUCUCUGCCAUACAGGGCGGCGAGAAACAGUGAACCCGGAUAUCAAAUCUUCAUGGGUUUACAUGGCUUGUCAGCAUCUCAGAAGUUAACUGUUCUCUCACUGUAAUGUGUGACUGAUGACCAUCCGAUGAUCGGUUACCCUGAGAGUAUUUCUAUGACGGCCAAAAUCUCCGUGAGGUUUGAAAAGACUUGGCUGGAUUGAUCCGGCAUGGGCCAGUCUGUUCCCACGGCAGCACAGAGAAGGCAAUUGAAAUAGUUUUGUCUCCUUUAAAAAUUAAUUUAAAAAAAUAAAAACCCAUCAUGAACCAGAGCUCCAACUCCUCGUCUCCGUCGGCGACGGGCAGCGCUGGCGGCGGUCUGUGGGUGACCUCGCUGCUGGGCGCCACGCUGCUCACCAUGUGCGUUCUGGGCGUGACGGGAAACGUCUACACCCUGGCGAUCACCAAGACGGCGGCGCUGCGGCGGACGGGCUCCAUGUACAUCUACAUCCUCAACCUGGCGCUGGCCGACCUGCUCUACCUGUCCACCAUCCCCUUCGUGGUGUGCACCUACUUCGCUCAGGACUGGCUGUUCGGCGAGGCGGGCUGCCGGGUGCUGCUCAGCCUGGACCUCCUCACCAUGCACGCCAGCGUCUUCAUCCUGGGCGCCAUGAGCCUGGAGCGCUACCGUGCCGUGGCCAUGCCCUUCCGCGCCCGCCGCUCCUCCGCCCGCGGCCGCAAGCUGGUGGCCCUGGGCAUCUGGGCCGCGGCGCUGGUGCUCACCCUGCCCAUGAUGGUGAUGAUCCGGCUGAAGGAGAGCAAGCCCAACGCGGCCGGCCUGACCAAGCGCAUGUGCUUCCCCACCUGGACCCUGGAGGCCUUCAAGGCCUACCUGACGGUGCUCUUCUGCACCAGCGUACUCUGCCCUGGCCUGGCCAUGCUGGGGCUGUACGCCGGGCUGGCCAGGCGCUACUGCCAGGCGCAGGCCAGCCUGGGGGGCGGCGGCAGGACGGCCCGCCGGAGGGGUCUGAAGCAGCGGGUGGUGUCCAUGAUCUUCUGCAUCGUCGUGGCCUACUGGGCCUGCUUCCUCCCGUUCUGGGCCUGGCAGCUGGUCCGCCUCUUCUCCCCGGACUCCCUGCGCUCCCUGUCCCCGGCCGCCCACACCUACGUCAACUUCUUUGUCACCUGCCUCACCUACGGGAACAGCUGCAUCAACCCGCUGCUCUACACCCUGCUCACCCACAGCUACAAGGACUACCUGGCACAGAAGAGCCAGAACUCAGGGUCCACCAGGGGAGACCCGGGGGGAUCCGCAGGGGGCUCUGCCUUGCAGGACCUAUAGAGUGGACUCAAACACCCCCCCCCAAAAAAAAAAACACCACCAUAGAUUUUGAGGUGUAGAGCUGGUGCCUAUACUUUGUUCUCUGUGCUGGAACUUCGCUGCAAAUUCCAAAAAUGUUAAAAAAAUUUUUUUUUAAAACAGUGACCUGUCGUCUGGUCUUCACGGACACAGCUGAUGAUUUCUGCCUAAUAAGAGAAAUUAAGAACUUUAUUGAAGCUUUGUUUUUAAGUUUGCGUGUAACUUAAGGACAGGUAUUGAUUUUGUUUCAGUGCAUAAGCCCUCUCAUGUUAAUGUGGUUUUUCUAAUUGUUUGAGGAAGUGUUUUUGUAUCUUUUUUGACACGUUUUUGAAUUGGCAUUUCACUGUAUUCACCGCGUUGCACCUGCUUUCUGUUGGCUCGUUUGUUAUUUGAGUUGCCAUGGUGCUGAAGCCUUUUAUCUCCUGUCUCACCUCUGCCUGUGUCUCCUCGUCCACGUAUUUACCGAAGCGGUCAGAGGAUAUCCAAAUCUUUACACGGCCCGGCUCCAGGAAUAGCAGAUCCACAGCGUCGUGCAAGAAAAACCUUGUAUCUCCUUUUUUUUUGUCAUUUCAGUCUUUUAACACACGUUGAGAAUAUACAUCCGGCUCUGUGUACGUCAGAGAACUCGAAAACUAAUAAAGUUGGUUCAGAAACCCAAAUGAUGAAACUAUGAUAAAACCAUAAAUUGGCAACGGGGAAAUAGAAUACGUUUUGUUUUUUGUUUGUUUGUUUUUUGGAGAUGAAUGGUUUUAAUGCAAUAUGCACAAAAAAAUUUUUUUUACCGAAAAUUAAUUUUGAUUAGAUUACCUGAGUGUUCAUAUAUAGGCUCAAUCCUUCUUCCCUGUAUCUUGGUACCCAUUGGAACCUAAGGUAAAGGUGGGUACAUAUAAAAUGAAUCCUUCAAGUUUUUUUUCCCCCCAAAGAAACAUGAUCUCUGUGAUUGAUUUAUGGAGUUUCCUGUGGCCCUGCCCAGUCUGCAGCAAUGAGUAUUUAUGCAGGAGUGUCAGAAUGCAAUAAUGGACUGUCUGUGACUGGGUGUGCGUAUCUACAUGUGAAAACAAUCCACUUUCACCCACCCAAUAUCAUCCUGGGCACUGAUUUAUAGGCACCUCUUAUUAAUUCAACACAUGAAUACAGUACCUUACAAAAAUAAAUGAC